AUACUUAGUCCUAAAAAUGAAGCACAAAACUUUUUGGAAAAUCUUGAUGGGUUCCAAACAUCAUGCCCGCAAGUUAAGGAAUUGUCUCCCCCACGUAUCGUUGCUAGGGAGAAACAAAAAAUACUUAGUCCUAAAAAUUCACAAAACUUUUUGGAAAAUCUUGAUGGGUUCCAAACAUCAUGCCCGCAAGUUAAGGAAUUGUCUCCCCCACAUAUCGCUGCGAGGGAGAAACAAAAAGAACUUAUUGCUAAAAAUGAAGCACAAGACUUUUUGGAAAAUCUUGAUGGGUUGCAAACAUCAUGCCCGCAAGUUAAGGAAUUGUCUCCCCCACAUAUCGCUGCGAGGGAGAAACAAAAAGUACUUAUUCCUAAAAAUGAAGCACAAGACUUUUUGGAAAAUCUAGAUGGAUUCCAAACAUCAUGCCCGCAAGUUAAGGAAUUGUCUCCCCCACAUAUCGCUGCGAGGGAGAAACAAAAAAUUAAUUUAUCAGUUAACCCUGAAAAAAUGAAAAAACCUAUAAAAGUACCUACAAAGUCAUUAUUUAGGAAAAGUUUUUCGAAAUAUUUUGUUCACACGGAAAAUACAUCCAAAGCCGAGAAAAAUGUGCUUUCUCGGUGUAGCAGCGCCCCCUGCGAUGCUCAUCCCCAGUCUUCAACUGCGGGGAUCCCAACAAUCUCCACAACCAGCGGAGCCUCCUUCCGCGGGCAGCUGGUAUCAUUCCUACAAAAUAAAUUCUCUCUAGAUUGGAAAAUGGGGAACAGGGGUAGCAGCAAUGCCCCCAGCCCCAACAAGAAACCGUCCGAGCCUGGACAAUCUGGUAAAACAUCUAAGAGUGCUAAAUCUGAAAAAACUCCAAAUGGAACCACAGUACAAGUUAAGCCGAAAUUGGAAAUCCCAGUUCCGUCGCCUCCAAAAACAUUGUUUAAGGAAUCUUCAAGCGGCCAUAGUUUGGUAUCCUCCGUCAGCCAAGAUUCAAACCGAAUUCCUGAUGCUGGUGGUGAACUUAUGUCCGCAGCAUCCAGUCCAGACACUAGUUCAGUGUCCAGUUCACUGUUCGUUGACGUCCAAGAAAAGUUUUCAACCCCCGAGGAGCAAGAAGCAGAUGAUGCAUCUUUACAAAGUGAAGAAAAGAUAGAAGACGAGCCUAUUUUGCUAACACCUGAAUCGAACAUUGAAUUCGAUUCACCAGAGGCAGAAAUCGAAAGUGAUAAAGAGGAGGAUGACAGUAAUUUCCAUGACACACAAGAGGAAACGACAGAUGAUUCCCUCGACCAAAGUCCAAUCAAAGAGUACCAUCCUGAACGGCAUACAAUCGGGAUAAGAUCUUGCCCGGGUACACCGGAUGCUCAUCACCCUUUGAGCUCAUCACCUUUUGGUCAGUACAGAGAGAGGAAAGGAUCAACUGGAACAGUGUGCCGUGGUGUUUUACCUACCAUUGGUAGUGUACUAGCCGUACAACGUUUAGACUUCCAAGAUGAAGACGACGUUCUACCUGAAGAUGAAGAGCUGAGGCAUUUCUCAGGUUCCACACAAUCGCUGUCUGUGAAUCGUCAACAGCAAUUGACACCACAUCGACAGAGACUACGAGGUUUUUCUUGCACAUCCAAUCGAAGAAGGCGUUCGUCCUCUGAGUUAUGUCUACACGAUGGUGCUGUGACAGUGCCGCAGGUGAUGCGAAGGUACUGUUCUCAGAGCUUAAUGGUUCCAAACGAAUGUUACUUACGUCGUGUGCCGUCCCUCACCCUUGAUAAAGCAACCAUCGAAAAGAACAUCAGUAAGCCUAAAUUUUUGCCAGACGAACUUGAUUUUAGUCUCUAUGAAAAGUUUCAAGGUCAAAUGCUUGUCAAUUGGUUUUGUUCAUCUUUUCCUGAGGAUCACAUCCUCAGCCGGAAGGAAUUACGUUUGAUAGCAGUUCAGUUCUGUACCAAUUUACUCAUGGCCGGUGUCCUGAGGCACAUCGAUCCAGAAAACCAAAUUAAACUUUUUAUGCCGGAUGAAAUGUACCAGUGGACCAAGUUAGAUCACUCUAACGUUCCAUCUGCGUACGCAACUCCUGGUAGACUUUCACCGACAGCUUGGCCACCCAGCCUCUCCGAGAGGGAACUGAGAGAAAGCGUCUCUGAAUUGCAUGAUCAUAGAUUGAAAAAGGAGCAUGAAAAGCAGUCAGUCUUCCACUUCAAAUCUUCUCGCAGUAUUCAAGAGUUUGAAGAAAGAGCCGCUAGGUUAGAACUGCAGCUGGAAAAGUACCAAACAUUAACGGAAAUUGAAGAGCUUACAAGAAAAGCAAAAUAUGUUUCGUGUCCAACAUCUCCUUGUGCAGCUACACAGACAGAGCCUCCGAGGCCAAGGAUGUCCUCAUCCAGUCAGUAUGACAUCGCAUCUUGUGCAACUCUUCUAACUCGCUCCCGCUACUGUCAAACAGAAACCAUCCGUUCCUGGAGCAGGAGUGUUCAGACUGACGAAGGUUCACCCCUCUCCCGAAGCUCAGUUCGAGUUCAGACAGAAGAUACCGGUCCAGACGUUAUUAGAGGACUACCGCGCACUCUAUCUGACGUAUCCGAACUUCUUCCAUCACUAUCAUCAUCUGAUCGACAACCCUAUUUUUACAGACCCUCAGAAAGUAUUUCAUCCUUCUCACUCAGCUCAUCCACUCAUCUUCCUGAAGAAAAUGAAUCAAAGUUUGAACAGUCCUCUAACUUUGGACUGUGUGAAAGGUGCUCAAAAAUCUCUACAACAAUUGCUUUUACACAAACUGAUCCAAUCACUCUGUUCUCUUCCGUUCAAGAACAUCAAAAUAUGAGCUGUAUCAUUAAUUCAACUAAAUCCGUUCCUCAAACUCUGAACUUAACUAUAACCGAACCCGAAAAGUGCAAAGUUCAGUUAGCUUCAUCAUUAUUGACAUCAUCUAAUAGUUUCAUUCCACCACCUCCUCCUAUGCCAGGAAGCGGCAUUCCUCCACCACCUCCCAUGCCAGGAAGUAGCAUUCCACCACCUCCUCCCAUGCCAGGAAGUAGCAUUCCACCACCUCCUCCCAUGCCAGGAAGCGGCAUUCCUCCACCUCCUCCCAUGCCAGGAAGUAGCAUUCCACCACCUCCUCCUAUGCCAGGAAGCGGCAUUCCUCCACCACCUCCUAUGCCAGGAAGUGGCAUUCCUCCACCUCCUCCCAUGCCAGGAUUCGGCAUUCCACCACCACCUCCCAUGCCAGGAUUCGGCAUUCCACCACCACCUCCUAUGCCAGGGAGCGGCAUUCCACCACCACCCCCUAUGCCAGGGAGCGGCAUGCCACCCCCACCUCCACCGAUGCCAGGCGUUGGUAUGCCACCUCCACCGCCUCCUUUUCCAUUUGGAAUGCUACCGCCGGCUCCUCAACCACAUAUCGUCCGUAAGCCGCCUAUUGUACCGAAAAAGCCAAUGAGGCCUUUAUAUUGGACAAGAAUUCAGAUCUAUACACCAGCUUCCGCCGAAAAGGACGGCGAGUGCCUUUGGGACAAUCUAGAAGAAACAAAACUUGAAAAUUGGGAAGAUUUUGAAGAGCUUUUUUCUAAGCAGGUUUCAAAAAAGAAAAGUCCAUGUGAAGAGAAAAAAACCACGCAAUCAAAAGCCAAAGAAGUUGCCAAAUUAUUGGAUCAAAAGCGUUCGCAAAAUGUUGGAAUUCUAAUAUCAAGUCGCCAUUUGGAUAUUAAUGAAAUACAAAGUGCUUUGUAUAAUUUUGACACAUCUGUUAUGGAUAUCCAUACACUACAAUCCGUCUAUGAUGCACGUCCAACACCCGAAGAAUUGCAGCUGAUAUCGUCUCAUCGUAAAACCUCACCCGAUGUGCCUAUGGAUAAGCCUGAACAAUUUUUGUACGAGCUUUCUCUAAUUCCUGAAUACGCCAUACGAAUCGAAUGUAUGGUUUUUCAUGCCUCAUUCUCCGAAAACCUUGGUCACAUUGAAAGCAAACUGCUCAAUCUGACUACCACCUGCAAA